AUGGCGUCUUUGCAGCUCGACUCCCUCCGCAGGCGCACAGCCGCUGUAGAUGUGAGCGGCGACCAAGCAAGUGACCAAGCUGAAGCUGCCGAAUGGUCGUUUCCCGAAGGCGGAAAGGAGGCAUGGAGGUGCCUGUUCGGAUCGUUUGCAUUGAUGGUGCCAUCUUUUGGCUUCCAGGCCGCCAUCGGGGCAGUCCACGACUACAUUGCGACGCAUCAGCUGUCGUCGCAUUCCCAGCGUGACAUCGGCUGGAUCUCUGCGGUGAUGGUUUUCUUGACCCUGCUGCUCGGAGUCCAAGUCGGCCCGCUCUUCGAUCGAUAUGGUGCACGCUACCUGGUGCUGUGUGGCUCCGCGCUGAGCUUUACCUCGUACUUCCUCCUUGCCCAAUGUGUCGAGUAUUGGCAUUUCAUUCUCUGUCUCAGUGUCUGUGGCGGAAUCGCAUCCGCGGUCCUCGCUACCGUCGCCAUCGCCGUCCUCAGCCACUGGUUCCACAGGCGCCGAGCACUGGCUUCGGGAAUCUGUAUGGCUGGCUCCUCCUUUGGAGGCACUACCAUACCAAUCGCACUUCAGAAGAUCCUUCCGCGGUAUGGUUGGGUUUGGUCUAUGCGCAUCCUGGCGUUUACUGCACUCGUAUUCUACUGUGUCGGCAUCCUCCUCGUCAAAGGUCGCUCGCCGAAACGCGAGACGGCCAAAUCGAUCAUCGACUUUAGAGUCUUCAAGACGGCAUCCUUUACCUUUCUGGCCAUUGCCGUGUUUACCUUUGAGUUCAUCAUUUUCGGGUGUGCAGCGCUUCUUCCCACCUACGUUCGAUUUGCUGGGUUUGGUGAAGACACACAAUUUUACACACUGGCGGUUCUGAAUGGAAUGAGCUUCUUGGGACGAACUCUACCUGGCUUUGCAGCGGAUAGGAUCGGCCGCUUUAACGUCUUGUUGAUCUUGGUUUCAACCACCAUGUUGAUGAUGGCAGUCAUUUGGUUGCCUUUCGGAUCCAGCAGCGUUGGGACAAUUUAUGCUGUUGCAGCAUUGUUUGGAUUCGGGUCGGGAGGAUGGCUAUCCCUUGCUCCAGUUUGUGCCGGUCAACUCUGUCGCACGGAGGAGUAUGGGCGCUUCUAUGGGACAAUUUACAGCAUGGCUGCGUUUGGGGUUUUGUUGACUGUUCCUAUCGGAGGGCAGCUACUCGAUUCCACCACUCCGACAGCACUUAUUGGAUUCUACGCCUCCGUCUUGCUUGUAGGGUUUCUUAGUACUGUAAUGUCACGGUGGGCACUACUUGGAUGGAGCUGGAAGUGGAAAGUAAAAGUAUAG